AUGCUGGAUGACUCCGUCGUUGACAACCUGUCAGUGGUUGAAGCCGCAUUAGCCGUGCGCCAGAGUUUGACUACCGUGGCGCCGCCCACCACCGAACCGCACAAGAAUCCUGGCAAACCGGAGAGAGGGCAAUACCAGCUGACCGGCACAAAUGGCAGCGUGUGCUUGAUGGCGUGCAUGGGCCUCCAACUCAACAUCAGCUUCACCGCCUCUUCAAACAAGACGGUGCAGAAUGUGGUCAACCUGGAGCCCAAUGACACCAAGGCCUCUGGGUCAUGUCUCAAGAAUAACGCCACGCUGCAACUAUCUGCAGAUGCCAUUAAAACUAAUCUGACCUUUGUCUUCACUUUGAACGAGACAACCAGUAAAUACUUUGUGAGUGAAAUCUCUCUCUCAGCUGCCUGGCCGGACAUGAAAGAACCCUUUUCGGCACGUAACAGCAGCCUGCACUACCUCGGCGCAACGCUGGGCUACUCCUACAUGUGUCGUGAGGAGCAGACGCUCCCCGUGGUCAAGGAUUUGUCUAUCAACACCUUCCAGGUGCAGUUGCAGCCCUUUAACCUUACCCGGAACCAGUUUGCCACAGCCCAGCAGUGCCAGCUCGACCAAGAUGACAUGCUGAUAGCCAUCGUGGUCGGUAGUGCUCUGGCCGGCCUGGUCCUCAUCGUGCUGGUGGCUUACCUCAUCGGCAGGAGGAGGAGCCACGCCGGAUACCAGACCAUCUAA